AUGGCACUGCCCAUUUUCAGAACUUCCCUUGCGGCUGUGAUUUGUUCUUCUGUGGCCCUUGGUUUCUUGGCAUUAGGGAGAGCUGGGUUUGCAGUAAAUCACAUGGAUAUUGCUCCCAAGUAUGCAGGAAUUGUGAUGGGAGUGUCUAAUACGGCUGGUACAUUGGCUGGCAUAAUUGGGGUUGAUCUCACUGGGAAGCUUCUUGAAGCUGCUAAGUUUGUUCAUUCGGAUCUUUCGAAUCCGGAAAGCUGGAGAUCAGUGUUCAUGAUACCAGGGGUGCUUUGCAUUUUCAGCUCACUUGGGUUUUUACUCUUCUCAACUGGGGAGAGGAUUUUUCACUGA